GUCGGAAAGCCCACAGAAAUAGGAGGAGAAGCCAUGGAUGAACGACGGCAUCGUAAGAGGAAGAGAGAGAAGCAACGCCAUAAACCUGUUGCCUCUUCUCCUUCGUCCACUAACUCAGCUUGUCAUGCUUCUUCUGCCGAUAAGCACAAACCCGUUAUUUCAUCUUCCGCUUCGGCCUCCCUGAGCAAAACAAUCUCGAAACCCAGCAAGAAUUCAUCUUUUAUCGACAAGAUGAGGGCGAGAUUGGCAGGGGGACACUUCCGCAUGAUAAACGAGAAGCUUUACACUUGCUCUGGAGACGCGGCACUGAACUAUUUCAAAGAAGACCCACAGUUGUUUAGUGUGUAUCAUGCAGGGUACCAAGAACAGAUGUCACAUUGGCCUGAACAGCCAGUUAAUAUUAUAAUAAAGUGGCUCAAAGAUCACGACCCUUCAUUAGUAGUGGCUGAUUUUGGCUGUGGAGACGCGCGACUCUCAAGAAAUGUAAAGAACAAAGUGUUGUCUAUUGACCUUGUAUCAAAUGAUCCUUCAGUUAUAGCAUGUGAUAUGUCAAAUACUCCUCUAGAUUCCUCCUCUGUGGAUAUUGCUGUCUUUUGCCUUUCUUUGAUGGGAGUUAACUAUCCAAGCUAUCUUCAAGAAGCUAAUCGAGUUCUUAAGCCCCGUGGGUGGCUCUUAGUAGCUGAGGUCAAGAGCAGGCUUGAUCCAAAUACCGGGGGAGCUGACCCUGAGAAGUUUAUAAAAGCCGUAUGUGAACUCGGAUAUGCUUCUGUUCUAAAGGAUUUCUCCAAUAAGAUGUUUGCACUCUUCUACUUUAAGAAGAAAAAGGAUAAUAAUAAAAAGAAUAUGCAGCGAAGAGAGAUUGAUUGGCCUGAACUCAAAGCUUGCGUAUACAAACGACGCUGAGUUGUCGAUGUCCUGAACAGUGAAAUCUGAAAAGGGAUUUCUCGGUAUUUAACACACUUGUCAUUAACACUGCUUUUCCAUGUAUUUCUGGUAUAUUGAAUAUUGUUGAAGGGGGAACACACUUGCUUUGCAUUGAAGCUUUGCAUCUCUAAGUUGGGGCGAAUCCGUGAAUAGAGUAAAUUUGCAUGCGCUUGUAACCACUGGUGGUCACUUAAAUUCAACUUCCUCAGUUCUAAAUGAUGAUUAUAUUUUUAUGUGGAAUUACGGAUUGCUG